UGAAAGUGCUCCUCCUCCUACGCUGUUCAGAGUCUGGUUGAGGGUUGAGAUCAGAGACCAGUCCUAUUGUGGCAGUUCCCGUGUCUUGUAACUCUUGUUGUAACAAGAGCUGUUUUUAUCAAGGACGCCAGCAGCUUUGAAACGGCGUUGUACUGGGCUAGCAAUCAACCUCCACAAUGAAGUCGAUUCACACGGGAGCACAAAUUCUCAGGAAAUGCAGUGCCGUUGGCCGAGGUAGGCCACCACUAGGCCGAUGCAUGCAGAGCAUCGCGUCUGGAAAAAGAGAGGCGAACGACAGGAAGGAGGAGAAUGUCGUCCGCAGCCCGUUCCCUCCGGUCGAACUCCCGAACUCGACCGUGCCAGACCUGUUGUUCAGCAGGGCGAGAAAUUGGUCCGCACAUGAUGCCAUAGAAUGCGGGAUCACGGGACGCAAGUACACCUACGGCGGCAUGAUAGACCGCGCCCUCCGCUGGGGCGCCGCCGUCAACAAGGUCAUGCCCCCCGGGGCGCGCAAGAACGUAGCCCUCUACUGCCAAAAUGCCCCCGAGUUUCCGGUUGUCCUUCUGGGCACUUUGGCCGUCGGGGGUAUGGUGACCACCAUUAACCACAACUUUACCGCUGACGAAGUCUCCAGACAACUGCAGGACUCUCACGGUGAAUUGGUGGUUGUGGACCCCUUGAUGGAGGGGCUCCUUCGACAGGUUUUAGCCAAACUGAACCUCCAGCUUCCGGUUUUCACUAAUGGCCCGUCCCAGUUUGGCAGCCCGAAUCUUCAGGAGAUCAUUGAAGACACAACUCAGCCUUUUGCUGAAGUGGCUGAGACGAACCCAGAGUCGAUAGCCAUGAUGCUCUAUUCGAGCGGCACGACGGGGAAACCGAAGGGCGUGGCCCUCUCCCACAGGGCAUUCACCAACAACAUGGUUAUGUUCGCACAGCCACAUACCUUCGCUUACAGAGACACCUCAGCCGAGUACCAAGAAAACAUCCUGGGCAUCAUGCCCUUCUACCACAUCUACGGGACCCACGUCAUCAACAUGCUCAACAUGUACAUGGGGGCGAAGACCAUCUCCCUGCCAGCCUUCACGCCCAAAGACUUAAUCAGAAUCAUCAGGGACUUCAAGGUCGAGGUCGUCCAUCUGGUGCCCCCAAUGCUCAACUUCUUGAGCAAGUCUGAGGCAGUGACCUCGCGGGACCUAGCGAGCAUGCGCGUCGCCAUGUGCGCAGCCGCGCCCGUGCCCCCUUCCAGCGCCCUCGCCCUGAAGGAGAAGGCGCCCAAUCCUGUUCUGUUUCAGGAAGGCUUCGGGAUGACGGAGGCGCUGGGUACACACUUGACGCCCCCGGAUCAGGAAAGGAUUGGCUACUGCGGGAAGCUGGUGUCAAACGUGGAGGGCAAAGUGAUCGACAUCGAAACCGGCGAAGCUUUGCCCGAAGGGCAGAGAGGGGAGAUGUGUCUCAGGUCACCCUCGAUGAUGUCCUACUACCACAAUAACCCCAAAGCCACGGCGGAGACUAUCGAUUCCGAGGGCUGGCUCCACACGGGGGACGUGGCCGUCCACGAGGACGGAUUCUUCAGCAUCGUGGACCGGAUUAAGGAGCUCAUCAAGGUCAAAGGGUAUCAGGUAUCUCCCUCGGAACUGGAAGAGGAGCUUCUGAAACACCCAGCCGUCAUGGACGUGGGCGUGGUGGGCGUAGAGGACGAGCGGGCGGGAGAAUUGCCCCGGGCCUACGUCGUCAGAAAGACGCAGAUCACGACCGAAGACAUCAUGGACUACAUGAAGGAAAGGCUGGCGCCCUACAAGCAGCUGAAAGGGGGCAUUAGAUUCUUGGAUGCCCUGCCCAAGAAUGCCACGGGGAAGCUGCUUCGGAGGGAACUGAAGGAGAUGGCUGCGCAGGAUCCCUAGGAGACGUGGUGGGGAGGGGUGGGGGAAUACCUUCCAAGGAUCGGGGGAUGAGUGACUUCCAGGCUUCCAAGGACUUUUAAGAAACAGCUUUCAAGGAACCUAAAGGCUCGUUCACAUAUUUGUUUUCCCAUCCAAAAUGGAAAACAAUUAGUGUUUGUAUGUGUAUAUGUAUAUACACACAUGUAUAAUGAAUGUGUGUGUAUAUAUAUAUAUAUAUAUAUAUAC